AUGCCUCAUGAGAACUAUCGUUUUCUCGUCGGCAGAGAAGGAAAAAUAUAUAAAAAUAUUUCUGGGUUGUUGUUUUUUAGCAUCCUUUUGUUUUGGUGUUGUGGUUUUUUAACCUCACCUGCGUGGGCGUACGCUGACAACGCUCUCUCCCGGCGUGGUUCAUUUCCGUUUUGUCUCUUUGGUAUCUGGAGAAGCGUUGUUCUUUUCUCUUUCCGCGUGACUCUCUGUGCAGCAGUGCUUUCGCUCGUCCGUACCCAUUCAACUUACCUUUUUCCGCAGCGAUCCACCCAAUUUCUGAAACUGAAAAUGAAGGAGAAGGUGCGCGUGUUGCGGAGAACCGCACCUUUUGUGAGCGAAACAGAUUGGUGA